CUACUUGACCUGUGGUGUUUCCUCCUUCACAAAUAGAAGGAAAAAGCCCAAACUUGGUGCUUUGCAUUGGAUUCCAGAUGCAACAUAUAGCAGGGUGGCCUGUCUCAGAAGCCCUGCUUGCCCCCUGACUGUUUCCCAGAAGGAAUACUGGGCCAGAAAAGCCUUUCUGUGGCUGAGAGGCAGACUGCUAAGGUCUGGAGCCCAAAGGCAAACACCACUUGCUCCAUGAUCACCUCUUAGCUCUGCAAGUCCCUCUGCAGUAGGGAGGUAGGGAGACAUGGACCAGCGUUGCAGAGACCAGAACGGGUCUGGACCUAGCUCUCCCAGUGGCUUGGCAGCAACUGCCUCUCUGUGCCCUUUCUCUUACAAGGAGUGAAACUCCGGGUACCACUUUGAAGUGGGAGGCUGAAGAGUUCCCCCUAAAGGCAACUCCAGCUCUUUUGUCUUAGAAGACCUGGGCCGUUGGGGAUCUCAGUGCCUUUUGCUUUUGCAUGGCAGGGUAUUUGGCAUGGAACUGCUAGAGGUCAACGUGAGGCAGUCCUUCUCUGCCAUGCGUAUUCUGAUGGCCAGGGUGAUGGGCCUCCAUGAGUGUGAAUCGUGCAGUGCCAGGGAGCACGUGCUACGGACAAAUCUCAACGGGAUAAUUGAAGAGAGCAACUACUGCCUCCUCAAUGACAUCUUCCUUGUGAAGUUUCCCAUUUCAGACAAGGUUCGCCAAAUGCAUGAAAUGCAAAGGAAAGAGGAAUUGCAUUCAACCUGGGCAAAAGUGCUAGAGAAGACCAUUGACAGAAAUGCCAUAUUUGUCAUCGACAAUGCCCAUUUCAUUGACCCCGCCUCCUGGAGUAUCAUGGCACCUCUGCUCUGGAACAUCUCUGUCUUCAUGGUCAUGAGCUUAUGUCCCGGCUUUGCAAGAACCGAGAGCUUUCACAAAGCCACAGCAAACAACCUGAUGUCCCAUAAAAUCAUCUGCUUUCAACUAGAGAAGCUGAAACCUUCAGCUGUGGCGCAGAAGCUCUGCCACGACCUUGGAGUGGUCAGCAUCCCUAGGGCUUUAGUGAGGUUCCUGGUCCAAAGAAGCUUGGGGAUCCCGUAUUACUUGGAGGAGCUGGUGCACUUCCUUCGUUGCAACGACAUGCUCUUGUUCCGCACCAAGAAGUGGGGUGAAAAAGCAGAGGACAGCUGGGAGAACCUGAACA